AUGGUUGAAAUGAAUAUGCCGAUGAACAUGACUAUGAAUAUGAUAAUGCAGAUGACCUUUUACAAUGACCAUAAUUUUAAGCUGUAUUUUGAUAGGUAAAUUCUAGCUAGUUGGCAUGUGGAUGAUGACACAAAGUAUGCUGGCGCAAUUGUUGCCUUAUUUUUGGCGUCAAUGGGAUUAGAGUUUUUGCAUUUUCUUUUAAAACUGGCCAAUUUUUAUCAAAAGAAAACACCAAGAACAGUGCAAAAUAUGAUUUAUUUUAACUUAGGGUAUGGGUGUUUGUAUUUCUUAUGGGUUUCUUUAGCAUAUUUGUUAAUGCUUGCAAUUAUGACUUAUAGUACCGGAGUUUUCUGCGCAAUUACUACAGGUAUCACGUUUGGACACAUUUUAUUUAGAAUGAUUGAGCCAAGCACUCCUCUUAAGAAUGAAAGUCUAUCUCAAGAACUAGUAGAUAAAAAUCCAUGCCAUUAA